ACAAUACAACUUACAGGCCAAUAUUCAUUUCGUCCCCCUUUUCCUUCCUUUCAAUUACACUCUUCCAUCUCCUCCCCCAACAAAAUUGAAAUUAAAUAAAACCUAGUCCACAACCCACCCCUAAAUCUAACAGUGACACUUCCCAAACCCACCAAAUUUUCAAUCUCCAUCAUUAUUGUAGAUAAUCUUGAAAAUCCCCAUGAAAUUCGUUCAUACCAAUUUUUAAUUAAUUUCAAAUAACAUUCUUGCAAUUCCUGGGUAGAAUUCGAAUUUGCAAUUUGAAAUUAAUAGGAGGAAGAAAUAAGAAUGUCGCUUAGGAUAAAAUCAGUGGUAGAUAAGUUUGUGCAAGAGCUGAAAGAAGCCUUGGAAGCAGACAUACAAGAUCGAAUUAUGAAGGAGAGAGAAAUGCAAAGUUAUAUUGAAGAGCGUGAGCGUGAGGUUGCUGAGCGUGAAGCUGCUUGGAAAGCUGAACUUUCUCGUCGAGAGGCAGAGAUUGCUCGCCAAGAAGCAAGACUAAAGAUGGAGAGAGAAAAUUUGGAAAAGGAGAAAAGUGUUCUCAUGGGGACUGCAUCGAAUCAAGAUAACCAGGAUGGAGCACUUGAAAUCACGGUUAGUGGAGAGAAGUAUAGAUGCCUGAGGUUCUCAAAAGCUAAGAAAUGAGUAAUUUUGGCUUCAGCUUACUUGCUGGCUGCUGCAUUGGUCGAAAUUCCGACGAGCUUUGGUUCUGCAUGUUGCUUACUGAGUAAAUGGCUUGUGGAUUAUCUCUCUGCAGAGCAAGUUUAUAGAUUCAUUGCAGUUAAUUGUUUGUGUACAUGGUAGUAGCAUAUAUGAUAUGUUUGCAAUAGGAACUGCUUGCACGCCUUUGUGCCUUAAGCAAAUUGAAGAAUGGCCUGCAGUUAAUGGAAGCACAAGUUAUUGAAUAUUUGUUCUUUCCUGA